AUGGCUGCAAUGUGCAUUGGCCGAAGUUUCGACUGCUGGAGGGGGCGGAUGUUUGUUAUGAAUAGUGAAGUGAUGUUGUGUAUGGGUUAGUUAUACGUUGACAGAUAACUAUUUUAUAAUUUUGGGGCUGGCAUAAGGAACAUUCUUCAUAUAGGAUUAUUCUGCCAUUUCCACUAAUGUCGUGGUUUCAGAAACUUUCAGUGCGUUCUUUACAAAAUGUUGUAUGUGGACUGAAUCAGUUCCUCAAACCCCUUGAAAAUGUGCCAGUAAGAUGGAAAUCAAAAGUGAGUCACCUUGAAGUUCCAAAACCAGGAGUAAAAGGAAAAUCAUACCGUCGGAUAGUUCAUUACGAAGAAAAGUAUACUGUUAAACCCCUCAGAGUCACAAAUUUGGGUGGACGUGAUCCAGUUACAGGUCGCCUUGUUGCAAAGGGUAUAGGUGGAGGAAUUAAACACAAGUAUCACUGGAUUGAUUGGAAAAGGAUAGGCCCUUCUUCAGGGCCACCUCUGGUUGAAAGAGUUCUCCAGAUUUUGGUUGAUGGUUGCAGAACGGCACACAUUGCUCUUGUUGGCAGUGGUGAUAACCUUAGGUACAUUCUAGCCACAGAAAACAUGAAAGAAGGUGAUCUCAUAAAAACAUCAUCAGAGAUACCAAGGAUUGCAGUUCGAGCAAAUGAAGGCGAUGCAUAUCCCCUUGGUGCAUUGCAAGUAGGCACACAAGUUCAUUGUGUGGAAAAAUACCCUGGUUUGGGUGGAUUUUUUGUUCAUGCUGCUGGAACAUAUGCAACAGUUUUACGAAAAACAGGUGAUAGAGUAAUUAUACAGCUGCCAUCAAAACGAGAAGUCUCUCUUGCUCAAGAAUGCAUGGCUACUGUUGGUAGAUUAUCCAAUGUUAUGCAUGGAAAAACUCCAAUUGGAAGCGCAACAAGAAAUCGAGAACUAGGAAACCGACCACGAUCUGGACUAUGGCAAAGGAAAGAUGGACGCCAUGGUCGCAAGAUAAGGCGUCUGCCUCCAGUCCGAGUAAUUGGAGAAGCUGCCCCGAAACCUCCAACUCCGAUUCAUCUGACACUGAAUAUUGCUUAGUUUAUGCAUUGUACUUUUGCAGAUUUUUAAGUGUCUAAUGAGCAACAUAAAUGUACAGGUUGUGAAAUAUUAAAAACUGAAAUAUUUAUAUAUUAGUAAAUGACA